GUACACAAUUUCUUGUUUUUAUUUACGUAGUUAUGUAUUUUACUUAGUCUUCUAAUCAAAUAAAAAUUAUCAUUAUUCUGUGGCCAAUUAACGUUGACUUUCCUGCCUUUAUGUUACACUCAUAAGUUAGAGACUGGUGUUUAAGCAGCUACGACAACAAUUGACUAACGUACACAGACAUUUUUUGCUCCGAUAUAGUUUAGUCAAUUUUCUUCCAUUUUUUCACUUUUAUUAAGCUCGAAAAUAAUGUCACUGAAGCAGCCGUUGACUCGUUUGUCUCUUUGAGUGUCCUUUUGUAAUGUACAUGCAAAGAAACUCACUAGCACUCUGGCGUUUGUGCCAACCGUAGAUACGCACAAUACUGAGAUCUGCUGCUAAGCAGAGACUUUAUUCACCAUAGUUUUAAAUGUUCAAAAUAAUAUUGUAUUAGCGUUUCCAACCAAAUUUGAGCAUUUUACGAAGAACACGUGAAGGCAGCAUGAGAGUCCCGUCAUGACGUCACGUGGAGCCUUUGAGUCAGUCAGCUGAGGGAGGAACUUCAACAACAGAAAGUCAACCAGGAAACAGGCUGCUGAAACUGAACUACUGUCCAGGUCUGACGGCCAAACGACGGUAUCCACGGCAGGAACCUCACAGUUUAUCGGUACAGAUUGUUCAUUUGGUAUUUAAUUAAACACAGAGCAGCGACAUGGCUUCCCUUUUCAAGAAGAAGACUGUCGAUGACAUCAUUAAGGAACAGUCGAAGGAGUUGCGUGGCACUCAGAGACAGAUCACGAGGGACAGAGCAGCACUCGAGAAACAAGAGAAACAAAUGGAGGCAGAGAUCAAGAAAAUGGCAAAAAGUGGAAAUCGGGAGGCUUGUAAGAUUCUCGCCAAGCAGUUAGUUCAGCUGAGGAAACAGAAGAAUCGGACGUAUGCUGUAAGCUCAAAGGUCACCUCCAUGUCCACCCAAACAAAGCUCAUGAACUCUCAAAUGAAGAUGGCAGGUGCCAUGUCCACCACAGCUAAGACCAUGCAAGCUGUGAAUAAAAAGAUGGACCCUCAGAAGACAUUGAAGACCAUGCAGGACUUCCAGAAGGAGAACAUGAAGAUGGGCAUGACCGAGGACAUGAUUAAUGACACACUAGAUGAAAUCUUUGAUGAGUCUGGGGAUGAAGAGGAAUCUCAGGACAUUGUCAACCAGGUCCUGGAUGAGAUUGGCAUUGAGAUCACAGGAAAGAUGGUCAGAGCUCCAGCUGCAGGAAAGGCCGUUCCUGGUGCUGCCUCCUCCAAACAAGCCACCAUCUCCGACGACGAAAUUGAAAGACAGCUCCGUGCUCUGGGAGUGGACUAGUUAUCCGACUCCUAUUCGUGUUCACAUUGUAAUGGGUGAAAUAUCAAUACCAAUUGAAACAGACUCUGUCAGACACACUGGUUUUGUCAUCGUUCAAAUGCUGCAGGAGUAAACACACGCACACACACAUUCAUGCAUUCAGAGGCUAGCAGGCAGGUGGAUGUAUGUUGACUCAGAUUCUCACAUUCUUCAGCAGUUUGCCUUAAAGAUCACAAGGACAAAACAUCUGAUCUAUUUAUAUAAACAUUGUAUUUAUUGCAACCUUGGAGAAGCUAAAGCUUGAUGGUGGAUCCAACAAUACAUGCUAGACAUAAGGAAACGCCUACCCCAUUGUUUACCACCUUAUCUAUGGCUAUAAGGGCUACAAGCACGCAGAUGUGAACGUGGGAGUAGCUUUUUCUCUUCUGUUGUUUCAGUCUCAGCAAUCAAUCAGUAUCGAGAUGGAUGCUCUUUCUCAAGCAAAUUUUAAUGAAUAAAACAUGAUAAUUAAGAAAAGCUUAAGGGUUGCCAAUAAGCAAAUGGAA